AUGAAUACUUUAUACAAUGAGCUAGCUCGUCAUUCGUCAACAACUCCAUCAAAAAUGUACAGAGAUUUCUUAAAGUCUGCAUUAACUACCAAGGUUCAUCUAAAUACAAUAUUAAAACGAAUGCCGUAUAUCCCCGAAAACCAAAUACAAAACGUUGUUAUCCCUAUGGUUCAAAUAAUGGGAUUAUGUUGUGUUGUAUAUGGAAUGAAUAUAAUCGACAAAAAAGUAUAUACUUUACAGGAGUUAAGUUCGUUUAAUUAUCCAUGUUCGCUCCGUGAAUUGAAAAAAGGUGGCAUAAAUACAAUGAUAAAUGGAUUUUGCUUAAUAGAAUCAAUGAUUAAAAACAUCGAAGAAAUGGAAAGGAAGAAAAUGAACACGAUGGUUAAAACGACCGACAUUGAUGACUAUAUUUCUACUGCAAUAGCUUGUCCUGAUUCGGAGAAUGAAGAUGAAUCAGAGGAUGAACAUUCAGAUGAUGAAGACCAAGACGAACAUCCAAAUGACGAAAGUCAAGAAGAUCAAGAAGAUGAAGAGUAG